AUGGAAGAAGCCGCGAUAAAAGCGCUGGUGAACUCGCUUCUAAUGUGCAGCGCGCUGUUCGACGGUCCGACUCCGAACAUGGCCGAGCUCAAGGUGUUGGAGUACAAGGACCGCGGGAUUUGGAUGCAAACGAGGAAUUGGAGCGGAUCGCUUGAGUUGUAAGUUGGAGCUGGCUUUUUUACUUGUUUUGGGAGGGGAUACAGUUGAUUAGAGAAGUUUUAUUUCGAAAAUUUUGGGUGAAUUUUUCGCGUUUUGCUCUAUUCUCUUCAAAAUUGUUUUUCCCGACCUGCGCCCCAUCUUUUGUUCGUGUUUUUAAACAAAAACUAUUAUAAGACAAGAAACAACUUUCUGACAAAAAUUCUUGUCCUAAAAGUGGUAAUCGGGACGACGGGGAACACAGUUUUCAGAGCUGAAAUCUGCUCAGGCCCGGAUCAACCACCCGGCUCGAUUUCGCUCCUCUAGCUCUGGCACGAAGAUGGCUUUUACUAGUGUCUUCUCUGUUUCAGAUCUCGGAUCCCGUUCAGCGGCAGCACAAUCGAGGGCGCUAACCUGCAGAUGGUCGUGGAUGGAGACAGAAUUGAACUCGGCGGCCAGGUCACGCACAGAGAUAGCGAGGGGUCUUCGGUGUAAGUUGCAUCUUCAAUUGAUGUGUAACGUAUUUUAGGAAGUGCCCCGUUGCCGGCGACACAAACGGAAUCCGCGUAGUUACCCGAUCAUCUUCGUGCGAUGUCAACUUCCACGUGUACCGAAUCAAAGACCGGCUCUAUGGAAUUGCACGGAAAGCUUCCAGGUACACCUACAUUUUCAGUCUAGGUGGAAGCGAGAUUGAAAAGAGAGAAAUACCCGUAGUUGUGGACGAAAGAUUGGGUAUUAAUCAAAUCAAGGGGACCUAUGUGUACAAGGACGGCCUUGGGACGUGUCAAGAAGUCACCGUCGGUUCUCUGACUACAUCCUGGGAACCCCGUUCAUGCAACGACGAGAAGAUUACUCUGGUUCCCAAUGAAACAUCCGGAUGGCAUCAUGUUGUAAGUUUUGGUCAAACAGUCGUUUUUUGGAACGUGAUGAUUUCAGCAGUACCUCCAAAUCGUCCACAACUGCGAAUUGGACCCGGCCAUUCCCCGAGACGAGCUCAAAAACGUCUAUGUUCGGUUCAUGCAUGUGUAAGUGAAGUUUAAAUCGUAUUGAUCGCUCUUUAGACCCCCGAAGCCAAAGGCCCGCAGAAGAGGUCUGCUGACGGAGAGGGGAAAGGUGCUCGUCGGCCUCUCCGCCGGGUUCCUUGGAGUUGUUCUCAUCGCCUUUGUUGGUUCCGCCCCGUUCUGGGUAAGUUGUGGCUGAUGGGAUGUUUUCCGGCCUUGAUAACCACCAUUUUGGCAGCCUGUUCGAAAUAAGUUUGUGUUUUUUCAGUACAAGUGGUCGCCAUGGGGAGGCGCUUGGAGAAGAGAAAAGAAGCCCGUGCCAAAUACCGACCUCGAAGUGAGUUGUUUGGGAGUACUUUUGUGGAGUUUUGCGAUUUUAUUUUGAGCUGUUUUCUUUCAGAAAGAUGGGUGGUCGUCGAACCGGGACCGGGAUGAUGACGCACCGCGCGACUCGUACGGGUAAGAUUUGCAUUUUUUUUCAUUUUUUUUGAUUCAUUUUGGGGAGUUUUCGGUCGGGGCUCUUCGUUUUUGGGGCCAGGCAUGCCUACCGGGCCGGGCCUUGGGCGCCUCGUGGCCCGGCCCGUUUUCUACCAUGUCUAUUUGGGCCUGCUUCGCUUUUGAGUCUUCUUCUGAGAGCCUCUACACGUCAAUGCAGCGCAUUUCCUGAACCGUUUCGAAACUUCGUAUCGUUUUCAUUGAUUUAAAAGAGAGACGAAACGUCACGAAAUUAUACGCCUUUUUUUGCCCGGAAUAAUUCCGUUUUCUGGAAAAGGAAGAAGAAAGAUCAGAAAAUGUUUUUUUAUCGGAUAGUGACAUUUCGUGUUGAACGAAUCACCAAAAAGGGGCGGGAAAUUUUUUCUUUUAUUUUGGAUUGCCGUUCUCUACGCUUUGGGAGCAUUUGCCUCAAUCGCGCAGUGCGAAUAGUUUUUUUUAUUUUAUUUAUUUUUUUUUGACGUACUCGCAUUGUAUUGCAUUUUCAGCAAUGUUGACUGGAACCUGCUGACGCGGGAUUAUCGAGACCAAUAUCGGGCCGUGGACUUUAAAGAGACCUUUAAAGACGAUGAUUUUGGGUUGCCGCUUCCGAAAGUCACCGACGACUCAUUCUCGCUUCGGUUUCACUAUGAACACGUCAAGACGCUGAGCCAUGGAAAAAUGAGAGCAGUCCACCAAUACGGGAUAGGAGACGGAUCGUUUGUCGCCAUCAAAUUCAUGGUCGCCAAGGACGAGGUGGAAAUGGAGCGGGCCAAACAGGAGAUAGCACUCCUCCGAUUCUUCUGGGACUCUAACAAGUCCAUGCCGAAGUGAGUUUAUACCGAUUUUUUGAUUUUUUGUUGAUCGUUUUGAGAAAAGUUCUGAGGAUUUUUUUGCCCUUACAAACCAAAAUUGGAGAGCUAAUUUUUACAUAUUCUGAAACAGAAAAAUUUUGCGAUUUUUUUGAGUCUCGAUCUGUACCUCCUUACCUCAUAGAAGUGUUUUCCUUGUCAAAAAAUCAUCAUGGAUAAUAUCCGAAGGCCCCCCAAACCACCCGGAACAGUCACCCUCUGCCUUCUCGUUGUUUCUAAUGCCCUAAUUCCUCUUUUUUUCAGGGAGAAGAAGCAACCUCACCUUGCCAAAGUGGGCGAUUCGGGACGCUAUCAGAACGUUAUCUUCUACUCCAUGAAUUUCUUCGCACGCAGUAUUCAGGACGUGUUGGAAGAUCUUCCGUGUUCAAACUACGGUCAGAAGCUGAACGUGUGUUAUCAAAUGCUGCAGGGGAUCCUGGAGUUGCAGCGCUUGGGAUACGCGCAUGGCGACCUGAAGCCCGCGAAUUUUAUGCAGAAGAGGCUGAAUGAUAACCUGGUGGGUUUGGCGGGGCGAUUUGAAGUGGUGGAAGAUAGUCAAAAUCAUUUAUUAUUAUUUUUUUUUGGGUAAAAGUUCCUUAUUUUGGCCACAGCUUAUAACUUUGCGGAAACUGGUCGGAAUUAGCCCAAAUUUAGCGUGCACGCUCAAUUCAUCGUUGUCAACGCCCGGACAGUGGAUUUAGUUAGUGAGGUACCUUCUUUUUUACGUACCACCUUACCCUUGAAAAACGGCUGCAGCCUGUGAUUUUACACUUUAUACGAUGAAACAUGUCCGGAACUAAACUUAUUGCCUCCGUAUGGAACUAAAUGAGCCUUCGUAGGUACCCUUAAAACUAUAGAGCUAUUAUAGUAAUUCAGUGCCAGCUAGGUCGAAGCGUUUUUUCCUAACUUUAGUUCCCAAGCUUGGGCGCAGUUCGCGGAGUACCUUUGUUGUGGCCAAAAUAAGGAACUUUUUCCUGUUUUUGCACCGAGAAAUUGCUUCGUUUUGUUUCGAAAAAAAUAUAAUGCCCAAUUCUUUCAGCUUCGCAUCGUAGGCUUUGGGUUUGUGCAGAAGUUCGGAGCGAAGCGUCCCGCCGGCUGUGGCACCCUCGAGUACAUGUCGCUGCCCGCCUUGCGUGGCCAGGAGGUGAGCAUGGUGGACGACAUGCAGUCCUGGUUCCACUGCUGUGUGGUGGUCCUGACGGGCGAGUUCGCCUACUCUCGGCCAACCCCUGACGAAACCGAAGGCCUGGUCGAGUUGUAUUUGAAGGCGCAGACCGAGGACGUUCCGCAGUACCCUUCAAAGGAUGACGAAAUCAUCGCAAUGCUCAGGAACUUGAUCUGGGACAAGCCCCCGGGCAAUACGAUCGAUAUGGCCGCGGUUUCGAAGACCCUGGAUGAGGUGAGGCUUUUUUAUUUGAUUUUUUAUUUUUUUUUUUUUGAUUAAAAAUAGAAUUUUAAUUUUUUUAUUUUCAGUUCCGAGACAAGUUCGAGUUCAAGUACACGGACCCCUGGUGGGAUUCUCUCCCCGUGGAGAAACCAUCCAGCGCCAAAUCCGGCAAGCAGUCUGAAGCCACCAAAAAGUCGAAGAAAUCAUAG